AAUAGAAUAUAAAAUAAGCCUACAGCAUGGAUUUUGUAUGCUUUGAAUCACUGUGAUAAUUGCAGCAUUCAAUGUCACAUUCAUGAUUAAGCAUUAACCCCCCCCCCCAAAAAAAAAAAGGGGGGGCGGGAUGAACCAGUCCCAUCAGAAUCGCCUACCGUGAAUGAUCAAAAUUGUUGUACUUCGGUGUCCCUACGCCGUCAUGCUGAUUGCAAGCGCACAUCUAAGUCUAUGAUUAAAUAACGUUCAGAAACAACAGAGGAAGUGUUUCGUUCGUAUAUAAUUAUACACCGAGACUUAACUGGCUGUUAGUAUCCCGUUAACAGUUUUGGAAGUGUUUGAUACCAACAUGGCAAGGAACUUUUUAUUUUGUGUUUUUUGCAUGCUGUAUCUCGGUCGUACAACAGCAACCGUUGUGAGGAGUUGUGAGGGAAAUUCUCUGUCUCUGUCCUGUACUUCCGGGUUCGUGAUCAGUAUCAACAGGGCCAACUAUGGCAGGACAACCGGAAGUGAGACCUGUCCUCAUCCCAUGAUCUUGGUGACAGAAUGUUACGCAUCCAAUUCAAAAGCCAUCGCAAGGGAACUCUGUAAUGGACAGGCAAGCUGUACCUUGUAUGCAACCAACGAUGCCUUUGGGGACCCCUGUGUGGGUACUUACAAGUAUCUUGAGGUCGACUACACGUGCAGGAGAUCAAACAGCAUUGUGGUGGAAGAACCUACUUGUGUAGAUGGAGUGGAAUGCAAAACAAAACGCGCUUGUGAAGGUGGCGCCCUCUCUUUAUCGUGCUAUUCUGGCUCAGUGAUCAAUAUCAUCAAAGCCAACUAUGGCCGUACGAAUGGACAAGAGGCUUGCCCGCAUAAAAGGAUCCAGACAACGUCAUGUUUUGCAUCUGGUUCCGCAAACGCAAUGAGGAACCUCUGCAAUGGACAGACAAGCUGUACCGUUCCUGCGACCAAUUCCAUUUUCGGCGACCCAUGCGUCGGCACGUACAAGUAUCUUGAAGCAACCUACACUUGUGAGGAUGGCCCUGAAACGAAACGAAUCUGUGAAGGAGGUGCCCUCAGUCUCAGCUGCCCGGCUGAAUCACCGACUAUUUUCAUAUCAAACGCUAUGUACGGCCGCCAGGCCCCCGGAUCUCAGAUCUGUCCCCAUAGAAGUAUCCAGACAACCAACUGCGCUGCUUCCAAUUCUCUUGAUACUGUCCGAUCAACCUGCCAGGGUCAGUCCGACUGUACAUUGGCUGCCUCGAAUCGUAUUUUCGGUGAUCCCUGUACAGGCACCUACAAGUAUUUAGAGGUCGGGUACACUUGUGCUCGCCGAGUUCGUGCCUGUGAGCGUAACGCAGUUCAGAUCGUUUGUCCAUCCGGGCAAAAGAUCGAGAUCCUUGACGCUCUCUAUGGUCGUAUGGAAGGAGGGGACGUCUGUCCUCACCUUUUUGUCUUCAAUCAAAAUUGUCGUGCAUCUUCUUCAAUGCGCAUCGUGAAGGAUAGGUGCAAUGGACUGACCACCUGUACAGUCGCAGCCAGUAAUAGUAUCUUCGGACAACCUUGUUUGGGUACCUUCAAAUACUUAGAAGUUCUCUAUGACUGUAAACAGUAGGCCCAUAUGUAGACAUGUGGUGUGUUUUACUCAGCGUUGCCACAGCGAAAAGUGUCAAUAUUGUUAAUUAAGACCCGUCUAUAUCUUGUUCGUUCGUAAAAAAUCAUACUAUCCAAUUUUUAGAACUAGCAUUUUUCACAAAAUUCUCCUAAUUAAGAAAAACAGAAACUAAAGGAUUUCUCGCCAUUUUCAAUCACCAGAUUCUCGCAAUCUCUAAAUCGUUUGACGUUAUGCCACAUUUUCAUUUUAUAUUUUCAUAUUUUCUACUUGAAGUCUAUGAUAUGUUGGGCCCUUGUAAAAUUAUGCCUGUUUUCUGUGCCAGGCUCAUACACAGAAUCAUUCUAUAUUACAUGCAAAAGAAUGAAAACUGUGAUAGAAACAUUUAAUUAUUACUCCUCGCGUAAAAAAAACAUCACAUUGUGAUGUAAUUAUAUUUAAACAUGUAUAUGGGGCGCGGUUGUUUCAAGUGCUCUAGUAAAAGAAAAUAACGUGGUUACAAUUUCAUUGGUUAAAGACUAUGCUCAAUUCCAGUUUCAUAAUUUACUCUUUUAUACCGUGAUGGGUGUUAAUCUGAUGAUGUCAAUUAAAAAUAAUUUUUUCUGAAAACUGAAUUAAUUAAUUAGCUUGAGGUACUUGAGUUGGUGAGCCUUUUCAGAAAGGAUUGUGCAUGAUCACACCUUUAUAAAAAUGAAUCGUACGUUCUUAAUGACUGCGCUCCUAUUGGUUGCAAAAGAAGUUGCAUUUAAUCUUUAACAAUAUUAAUACCGCGUGUCAUUUGCUGCAAUGGGUUUCCGAUCCUACUAAAGGGAUUUCCCCCAAGCACAUACCAAGGAAAUAAACGUACCUGGACAACAAACCCGAAUAACAUUAGACCUGGAUCUGUUAUUCAAGUUCCUUCCUGAAACAGGUCUUAGAUCUUGAAGGGUCGACAGUGGCGGAUCUAGGAUGGGGUCCCUUUUCCUUGGCUGAGAUUUUGUUUAUCUUUUUACAAUAGUGUGUAAAAUAAUCACCUUUCCUGUUAGUAAGUCCUGGAUCCUCCGCUGAUUGGCAGUGUUAAUCUAUAUAAUAGCAUGAUUUCGGUCAACCACGUGGAAUCAAUCCUAGUUCAUAGCAAAAUGCAAGUAAAAUCACGAUGAAAAGCUGGGAAAUCUUUGUUGAGAAUUGGUGAAUCGGAACAGCUGACCGUCCUAAGAUCCGGAGCUGACGAAAAAUGGCAAAUAUGUCGUUUGUCCAGAGUCACAGACAACACUGCUGUUUCGAUUCUCCAAUUUUCGAUAAAUUACUUUGUCAUGGACGGGCUUUUGACAAUAGAUUCUCUACGUUCCAGAGAGCGUCUACGUCGUGAUUGCAAAAAGGACCUAAUGUCUUGGUGGAAGAGGACGGUUAAAAAGGAAAAAAAAGUCGCCAGAACACAAAUGUGGGUGGAAUCGGUUCUUGGGACUCGAGAUGCGGGCGCAUGAAUAUUGCUUUUUUCUAUCGCCCAACUGCAUAUAUGUGUAAAUUGGCCUGGUUGUGAUCAGCUAGAUACCAGACAAAUUUACGUUGAUUUCAAUGGGUCAUGUAAGGCAUUCGAUAAAGGCCGAACCUUGUGCACAUCACAAUGAACCGAUUCAUUAUAAAGCUGCAGGGUAAUCACAAAUGAUAAUUGUUACUCUAUCUUGAGUCCCGGAAAAAAUAUAAUUAAAAACUAAUGCAUGGUGACCUCUUGUAUUGCAUAUAUAUGAAGCUGACAGGGGGAUAUAAAGCUUGUUCGUAUUUUUUAUGGUUUUUUAAAUUAAAUUUGAGUGGACUGCGAAAAAAAUGCCUCUAGAACUCCAUUGUAAUUGAUGUCUUGUGAUUACAUGUGUAAUUCAUGUUUAUUUGGUUUAUAACUAUCAGUGAGAAGUGAUAAUUUUAAUAAACUCUAUUUCAUCUUUAUCUUACAGCAAGAAUAAAAUCUCUUCUUUGAUUUGAGAUUAAUACUUGGUAAACUGUUCGCGUAUAUGACAGAUUAAAAAAAAAUAGAUACCAAUGUAUGCCGGGAACAGUGUUCGCACCUAACUAGUGUAUGAAUCCAAAUCUACUCUCAUUUCGAGAUUAGUAAAAUAUGAUAACAGAAAUUAUAUACAAAUAAAAGGAAAUGCGUAUGAGCCUUUG